GCCGAUUAAUUGGGACUACAAAGGACAUUCGGGAAACCUAUUCGCAAUGCGUUUGCAAUCACAGUGAAGCUCGUAGAAGCGAUGAAGUUAUUAUUGUCUGCCGCGAGGCCGACAGGUUCAUCUCUGUGGAUUUGUCGUUCGUGUCGUGGCCGUGGCAUCAAAUACGCCUCGACUUCUGCUCCCCUAUCAACCGCCGCGCAGCAGCUUCGAACAGAUGGACCGGCGAGGACACGCUUCGCUCCUUCACCAACAGGGUACCUUCACCUAGGCUCAUUGAGAACGGCUCUAUUCAAUUACCUGGUAGCAAGGGCAACUGGGGGUCAAUUUCUCUUGCGGAUAGAGGACACAGAUCAGAAAAGGACAGUACCUGAUGCCGAAGAGAGACUGUAUCAAGAUUUAGAAUGGGCUGGUAUUGAAUGGGAUGAAGGUCCGAACAUAGGGGGUCCGUACGGGCCAUACAAACAAUCUGAACGGACAGCAUUGUACAGAGAGCACGCAUGGCAUUUACUUCACUCCGGCCAUGCAUACCGAUGUUUCUGCAGCCCAGAAGAUUUGAACAAUCGCGCAAAGCAUCGAGCUGCUCUUGGACUACCACCAGAUUAUGAUAGGAAAUGUGCACAUAUUCCCAAGGAGGAAUCUGAUGACCGGGCAGCAAAGGGAGACGCUCAUGUGAUCCGACUCCUUACGCCUGAUAAGUAUCCUGUUUUCAAGGAUCUUGUCUAUGGACUUGUCCGGCAACGGAAAGACUUCACAACGAGGCCAAAGGAUCAAUCAUUUGAUGACCCAAUUCUACUAAAAACGGAUGGCUUCCCUACUUACCAUCUUGCUAAUGUGGUGGAUGACCAUAUGAUGAACAUUACUCAUGUCAUUCGUGGCUCAGAAUGGAUGUCAUCAACACACAAACACCUUGCAAUGUAUGAAGCGUUUGGCUGGACUCCACCUCAAUUUGCCCACGUCGGCCUCCUCUUGGACAAAGAUAGGCAGAAACUCAGCAAGAGACUCGAAUCGAUGAGCAUGACAGAAUUACGAGACAAAAAAGGGAUCUUCCCAGAAACCCUAACUAAUUUCGUGGCUCUCCUUGGAUGGUCCCAUAACGUUCGUAGCGAUGUCAUGAGUAUGGAGGACCUGAUCAAAAAUGCCAGCCUAAAAUUCACAAAAGGCGACACAGUAGUGUCCCUUGAAAAGCUAUGGUUCCUCCAAAAACGCCAUGCUGCCCGCUACGCAUCCCUCCAACCCCCCAAACCUUCCAACCCAUCUCAUGAUCUCGAAGAACUGGCUGUGAAGCCAAUCCUCAAGUUCUUAGAUAACAGCGCUUCCCACCAACCCGACCGCUUCCCAUUCUACAAUGCUCUCCCUGAAGGGGAAGCUCGGUUCAAUUUCGUACGUUCAAUUGUCUGGGCUGAUGCCCAAAAUUAUACGGAUCCCGAGGAGUUCAUAUCUCGCAACAACUAUUUCUUCGUCUCACCCACGGCCGAAGAGCUCGCCAGCAACGCACACCAUAUAAAACUACACAAUGUGCCAUCCGACCUAACACACACCAUCCCAUCCUCCAGCUUCCUGCUCUUCUUCCAAAAUAUCGGCGAGAUCCCGGAGCAGGAUUGGAAUAAAGCGGUGCUCAAGAGUUGGAUCACGAGUAUUGUGGAUCAGGGGAGUAUGAUGAGUAUAGGGGAACUCAGGAAGGAGGAGAAGGGGUCAGAGGAGUUGGAGGCCCUGGUCAAGAAAGCGUGGGCAAAGUUAGUGCAUGGGUAUAUUCGCUGGGCAAUUAUGGCGGGAAGGCCAGGCCCUGAUGGAUCGGAGAUAAUGAGGAUAUUGGGCCGGCAGGAGUGCCUCCGGAGAUUGGAUGCUGCUGGGAAGGUCUUACUUGCAAGGGAGGAGGAGGAGAGCGUGGUUGCGAAGGACGGGGUUGAGGCAGGGUUGUAAGAAUAGAUAUCAGACAAGAGUCAGCUGUAGUGUAUGAUAGGGGCCAUUCUGCUCUGUAUUUAUGGGCUAUUAUGCCGUUUUCAUAAUGUUUCCUGACCUGAACGCCACCAUGUUCGUUACGCCAAGCAAUGCUCUGGGUACUUGAAAGGUCCUCUCGUUGCUUCGAUUCUAUGACGCCGUCCCAACAUAAUUUCUCCUGCAUUCAUGAUUCCACAGGGCCGGCGGGAGUACUGCUCUGGCCUUUCCCCGCAUCGCCAAGACCAUUGAAGAGCUUCGCCUUCACUUCCCCAGCCAUCAAACCUGUCAUCUCCUCCCCUGCAAUCUUA